AUGGACAAGAGAUUUCUAACGUUUGAAGAAGUUGCUCUGAAAGUUGUAAAAGAGGAUAAAUAUGAAGUUCCAACAAUGCCACCUGCUGGCCAUAAGGCGGAGGAGGAGGAAACGGAGGAGGAGGAGGAGGAGGAGGGCAAAGAGGAUGCAGAAGGCGCCAGCGAGCAGCCACCACCCCUGGGGGCCACGAGUCGGACCAAGCGUUUUGUGUCUGAGGCUCGCUUCGUGGAAACGCUGCUGGUGGCCGAUGCGUCCAUGGCUGCCUUCUAUGGAGCCGACCUGCAGAACCAUGUCCUGACACUAAUGUCUGUGGCAGCCCGAAUCUACAAGCACCCCAGCAUUAGAAACUCCAUCAACCUGAUGGUGGUAAAAGUGCUGAUCGUGGAAGAUGAAAAGUGGGGCCCAGAAGUGUCUGACAACGGUGGCCUUACCCUGCGUAACUUCUGCAACUGGCAGCGACGUUUCAACCAGCCCAGCGACCGGCACCCAGAACACUUUGACACAGCCAUUCUGCUCACCAGACAGAACUUUUGUGGGAAGGAAGGGAUGUGUGACACCCUGGGUGUGGCGGACAUUGGCACAAUCUGUGACCCUAACAAGAGCUGCUCCGUGAUCGAGGAUGAGGGGCUCCAGGCAGCCUACACUCUGGCCCACGAGCUAGGGCACGUCCUCAGCAUGCCCCACGACGACUCCAAGCCCUGUGCACGGCUCUUUGGGCCCAUGGGCAAACACCACAUGAUGGCACCCCUCUUCGUCCACCUAAACAAGACACUGCCCUGGUCUCCCUGCAGUGCCAUGUACCUCACGGAGCUCCUGGACGGCGGGCACGGAGACUGUCUCCUGGAUGCUCCCACCUCAGCCCUGCCCCUCCCGACAGACCUCCCAGGCCGCAGGGCCCUGUAUGAGCUGGACCAACAGUGCAAGCAGAUCUUUGGGCUGGGUUUCCGCCACUGCCCCAACACCUCUGCGCAGGACAUCUGCGCCCAGCUGUGGUGCCACAUGGAUGGUGCUGAGCCCCUUUGCCACACGAAGAACGGCAGCCUGCCAUGGGCUGAUGGAACGCCCUGUGGGCCUGGGCACCUCUGCUGGGAUGGCAGCUGUCUGCCUGAGGAGGAAGUGGACAGGCCCAAGGCUGUAGUGGAUGGAGGCUGGGCCCCAUGGGGACCCUGGGGAGAAUGUUCCCGGACCUGUGGAGGAGGAGUACAGUUUUCACAUCGUGAAUGCAAGGACCCUGAGCCUCAGAAUGGAGGAAGAUACUGCCUGGGUCGGAGAGCUAAGUAUCAGUCCUGCCACACAGAGGAAUGCCCCCCUGAUGGGAAAAGCUUCAGAGAGCAGCAGUGUGAGAAGUACAAUGCCUACAAUUACACGGACAUGGAUGGGAACCUCCUACAGUGGGUCCCCAAGUAUGCAGGGGUGUCCCCCCGGGACCGCUGCAAGUUAUUCUGCCGAGCCCGGGGAAGGAGUGAGUUCAAAGUGUUUGAGGCCAAGGUGAUCGAUGGCACCCUUUGUGGGCCUGAGACUCUGGCCAUCUGUGUCCGUGGCCAGUGCGUCAAGGCUGGCUGUGACCAUGUAGUGGACUCACCUAGGAAGUUGGACAAAUGUGGUGUGUGUGGGGGCAAAGGCAAUUCCUGCAGGAAGGUGUCUGGUUCCCUCAACCCCUCCAGUUACGGCUAUAAUGACAUUGUCACCAUCCCAGCUGGUGCCACUAACAUUGAUGUGAAACAACGGAGCCAUCCAGGGGUCCAGAACGAUGGCAACUACCUGGCAUUGAAGACUGCCGAUGGGCAGUACCUGCUCAAUGGAAACCUGGCCAUCUCUGCCAUAGAACAGGACAUCUUGGUGAAGGGGACCAUCCUUAAAUAUAGUGGUUCCAUUGCCACCCUGGAACGGCUGCAGAGCUUCCGGCCCCUGCCUGAGCCUCUGACCGUGCAGCUCCUGACUGUCCCUGGUGAGGUCUUUCCCCCCAAAGUCAAAUAUACCUUCUUUGUUCCCAAUGACGUGAACUUCAGCAUACAGAACAGUAAAGAGAGAGCAACCACCAACAUCAUUCAGCCCCUGCUCAACGCGCAGUGGGUGCUAGGGGACUGGUCUGAAUGCUCCAGCAGCUGUGGAGCUGGCCGGCAGCGGCGGACUGUGGAGUGUCGGGACCCCCACGGCCAGGCCUCCGCCACCUGCAACGAGGCCCUGAAACCUGAGGAUGUCAAGCCCUGUGGAAGCCAGCCGUGCCCACUGUGA